AUGGAUGGUCCUUGUGAGGGUGAGUCCGAAGGGGGAGAAGAGAAAUCAGAAGGGAAGUUCAAUAGUGAUGGACCAAAUGAAGGCAACAGUGAUGGUGAUCUCGAGGUUGUCUUGGAAGGGAUUGCAGAGGCCACCAAAGAUGGGUUUGCAGAGGGCGAGCUGGAUGGGAGUCCUGAGGGCAAGCUAGAAACAGCAGGGGGUACUGAGGACACUGCUGCAGGAGAGCCAGAAGGAAUUGUUGAAGGCGCGCUAGAAACAGAAGGGGGUACCGAGGACACUGCUGCAGGAGAGCCAGAAGGAGUUCUUGAAGGCAAGCUAGAAAAAGAGGAGGGUGCUAAGGACCCCGCUGCUGGAGAACCAGAAGGAGUUCUUGAAGCCGAACUAUCAACAGAAGGGGGUGCUGAAGGCCCUGCUGUUGAAGGCGAACUAUCAACAGAAGGGAGUGCUGAAGACCCUGCUGUAGGAAAACCAGAGGGAGUUCUUGAAGGCGAACUAUCAACAGAAGGGAGUGCUGAAGGAGAACCAAAGGGAGUUAUUGAAGGCACGCUAGAAGCAGAUGGCGUCACAGACAACAGAACAGAGGGUGAUGUAGAUGGAGUCUUUGAUGGUGAAUUUGUAGGGGGCAUUGAUGGUUCAACUAAAGGCACUGCUGAAGCUUUAAGAAAUGGUGAUCUGGUUGGACUUGACGUUGGCGCACUAUUAGGAUGCAUUGAUGGCACUUGUGAUGGCAACCAAGAAGGGUCCAUGGAGGGCAAGUUGGGUCCAUGGAGGGCAAGUUGGAUGGACUUGAUGAUGGCACCUCAGAGUUUGAUGGUGCAAAAGAAGGUGAAUUGGAAGGUGCUGCAGAGCUAG